AUGGCAUCAGAGUUUGUGACCUGUGAGCUAAAGGGCAAAAGCAUCUUUUCUGGGUUGCACAUUGCAUGUGGGCAAUUGGGCAGUGCUGAAGACCCAGCCUGGCUCCAGCUGCUUCAAAAGGACUCCAGCCUCCCAAGAUUCUGGCCAACAGCCUUCUCUUGCCCCCAGGAUGGGAGCCUGGGGGCUGGGAACCUGGCCAUGAGAGAUUACUGCCCCUCCCAGCUAAAGGCCAGCCCUGCACCCCCCAGGCACACCCCUGCCCAAAGCCCAGGCAUGGACUCCAGACACAGCAGCCCUAGUGAAGUUGGGAAAGGGGCCUCCUGCUCUGAAGGUCCUGGUGGGAGCUUGGCCUGCCCUUCCCUGACCUGCAUCCCUCCCCAAGAGGCAGCCACCAAGGAGACAGUGGGGGCACAUGGAGCCUCGAUCUCAGGGACACCGGAAGUCACCAACUCUGGGAAGCCAGAGCCUGUGCCCUCAGUGAAGACCGAGUCCUUGGAAAACAGAAAUCCUAUGUUCUUGGAGAAGAUGGACUCCAAGUCUUUAAAGCAGGCAGAAUCUACUUCUAUUGGAAAGGAAGAUGCUGGGUCCUUGAGAAAGGCAGAUCCCAAGUUAGUAGGGAAGACAGAGCCUGCGAUCUUAGGAAAGGAGGAUCCUGUGGCUUUUGGAAGGAUGGAUCCUGGUGCCUCAAGAAAGGAGGAUCCUGGAUUCUUGGGAAAGGAAGAUCCUGCGUGCUCUGGCAAGGUAGAUGCAAUGUCUCCGAGGAAAGAGGAUCUUGUAUCGUCGGCCAAAGUGGAUCCUGAGUGUCCAAGGCAGGAGUUCAGGUAUUCAGGACAAAAGCUUUCUGUUUCCUCGCAGGAGAUAGGUCCUGCAUCUGCAGACAAGGCAGAUCUCAUGUCCUUGGGAAAGAGAGAUCUCGGGCCCUCAGGAAAGGCAGAUCCCCCGUCCUUGGAAAACACAGAUUCUGCAUCUGAAGGAAAGAUAGAUCCUGGGUCCGUGGGAACGCCGACUCCAGGGUCAUCAGGCAAAAUCGAGCCUGUAUCCCCUGGAAUCAUGGCUCUGGGGUCAACAGGAAGGGUGGACUCUACAUUCUUGGAGAAGCCAGAGCCUGUAUCUAUGGGAAAUGCAGAAACUGUGUCAUGCACGAAAGAAGACCCUCAGUUUCCAGAAAAGACAGAUCCUGCCUUCUCAGGAAAGGAAGAUCCCAUGUCUGUGAGAAUGACAAAAACUGGUUCUGCUGGACAGGUGGAUCCUGUGUCUUCAGGCAAGGCGGGCCCAGUUUCUUUGGGAAAGGUGGAUCUUGUGUCCUUGGGAAAGCCAGAGCCCUUGUCUCCUGGGCAGGCUGAACCGACUUCUGUAGGAAAGGCAGAAACCAUAUCCUCUGGAAAGGAGGACCCAGCACCCUCCAGAAAGGUAGAUCCCAUUUCUGUGGGAAAUACAAAAACAUCAUCUUCUGGAAAAGUGAACCCUGAGUCUUCAGGAAAGAUAGACCCUGUGCCCUCAGGUCCAGGGGAUUCCAAGUUCUUCGAGACAGGUGGAUUCUCAUCCUCUGUUAAAGCUGAGGUGGUGACUGGGGGAAAAGCAGAUUUGCUGUCCUCACAGAAGGUGGGUCUUGUGGCCUCAGGGGAGGCUGUUCCCCAGGCCUUGGGCAAGGUGGACCCUGGGGGCAGAGGGAAGGCAGAAACGGUGUGCCCUGGAGAAGGAGACUCUGUGUCUUCAGGAAAAGUGGCCCCCAUGACUCUAGGAAAAACAGUCUUGGCACCAUCGGGAAAAGCAGAAGCCGUCCCAGUGGAAAAGGUGGAUCCCCUUCCUCUAGAGAAGGGGAAUCCUGUGAACUCCACAAAGGUGGACCCCAGGGCCAUGGGAAGAGCAGAACCCAAGUCCCAAGGCAACGCAGAAACAAAGCCCCCUGAGCAGGAGAGCUGCACUUCAUCAGGAAAAGCAGAGGCUACAUCUCUGCAGGAGAAGCCCCUGGCCUUGGAGAAGGGGGAUCCCAGGUCCUCAGGAAAGGCAGACCCUGUUGCUUCUGGGAAGGUGGAGCCUAUGGCCCUAGGGAAGGCCGACUCUGCGUCUCUGAGAAAAGCAGAGCCCCCAUCCUCGGAAAAGGUGGUGCCUCUGACUCUGGAGCAGGCAGAGGCCUCCUCCUCCUCCAGGCGAUCAGAUGGCAAUGCCUGCGCCUCAUCCUAUUCUCCCUCCCGUGCAGGGAGUAGCGGGGACCGUGUGGAGCCAGGGCUGGAGUCCAGCCUCCGCCAGAAAGACGCGACAGCCGCUGGGACCCAGAGAAGUCCCGGCCCGGAGGCAGUUGUGCCCUCGCCCGGGCCGCGGACUCGCGACAACUUCACUAAGGCACCGUCGUGGGAGGCUAGCGCUCCACCCCCGCGCGAGGACGCGGGCACGCAGGCGGGCGCGCAGGCCUGCGUGUCGGUGGCCGUCAGCCCCAUGUCUCCGCAGGAUGGCGCGGGCGGACCGGCCUUCAGCUUCCAGGCGAUGCCGCGCGCGCCCAGCCCCGCGCCCAGCCCGGGCCCGGGCCGUGCGGGCUCUGUGCGUGCCGCGCCCCCCGAGGGCGCCGCCAAACGCCCGCCUGGCCUCUUCCGUGCGCUGCUGCAGAGCGUCCGCCGGCCGCGGUGCUGCUCACGGGCGGGACCCACGGCCGAGUGA